AUGACAUCCUUUCUUACGACCGAGAGAUCAUCACUCAAAGGUUUGGGAGGUAAUUUAAUGUCCCUCUCAGCCUCUCCGAUUAUUGGAGGACCUCAACUGGAGAGAGAUCAAAAACAUUUCCCGUUUUCUAGAAGUACAGCCGAUAUGAAAGAAGUGGAGAGAACUCAUAAGGAUCUAGUGGUACCCUCAAACCGAACCGACGAUCCUUUCCGCGAAAUUCAAUCAACACCGGAUGUGUUGUCAUGGAAAACAAAAAUUAACGAGUUGGAAGUUCAAAUCGAUUAUUUAAAGGAUGUUGUUCAACGAUUGAGUGACGAGCUUGCAAGAUAUCAAGUCAAGUAUCCACCAAUUGCAGCAGAACAUUCUGAGUCUAUCAUUAUUGCACCAUGGUUUUUUGAUUCUCAACAUAUGAAUCCUCUAUUAGUUUCGUAUGAUCAUCGAAUCAUGGAAUUGUCAAAUGAAAUCAAACUUUACAAAGAAAAAAUAGAGUCACUGAACGCAGAGGUUAAAUCCGUGUCAACGGAAAACGAAGAACUUCAACAAAAUCUAAAGAAUUUAAUUGAAAAACAAAUUUCGAAAAACAAUGAACAAAAUUCUGUUAUUCCAUUCAAUAUUCCUUCCGAAGAAUGGGAUGAAUUGCAACAACGAGUCGAGCUCUUAGACCGAGAAAAUAAAUUAUUGCUCGAGGAGCAACGAGAGCUGCAAAACGAAAUCGACCGUUUAAGAAAUGAAAAUAGAAGAUCCUUUUCAGAAUCUAAUCCUUUUGUACCAGGAGACUCUGACCGAGUGAAAUUAAUGUUAGAAAGUGCGAAAAAGAAAAUUGCAUCUCUGCAAAAAGAAAAAGAAGAUUUAAAACGAGACACAAGACGAGUGAAACAACUUGAACACGAGAUGGCUGAUUUAGAACGAGCUCUCAGUGCCAGUAAUCAAAGAUGUAAAUUAUUAGACGAUGAACUAGAGAAGCAUAAAUGUAUUAUUGAUGAUCUCCAACAUGAACGAAAACGUCUCUAUCAAACGGAGAAAACGAUUAAUAUCAAGGACAUUGAAAUGAAUGAAAUUCGAGAACGAUACUCCAUCUCCCUUAGAGAAAUUGAUGACUUGAAAGAAGAAAAAAGUAAAGUGCUAUUAGAGCUUGGCCAAAUGGAACAACGAAUAGUCGCUCAUCAACAAAGUGAAUUUGAAGCUCUUCAAAAGGUAAAGGAGACAAUGGAAUUAUUAGAAACCACCAAGCUUGAGAGAGAUAGUGUGAAAACAGCCGCAAAAAAUAAGGAACAAGAAAUUGAGAGGUUAGAGGAGAAAAUGAAAAAACUUACACAAGACUACACAGAUCGUUACAAGAGAAUGUCCUCUCAUUUCCAAGAGAAACACAACGAAUCUCUACAAGCACUGGAGGAUCAAUUGAAACAAGUGCAGUUUGAAAAUGGUCAUUUGAAAUCAGACUUGGAUCGACUGAAGAGAGAAAAGAAAACGUGUGAGGAUGAACUUGCAAAGGUCAUAAAAGCAGCAGAAACCGAACAGCUUAAUUCUCCAUUUGUCAUUAAUGAUUUAAACCACCAAAUAACUCAACUUACGAAUGAAAGAGAUGAAUCAGAGAGGCAAUAUGAAAGAUUGAGAAAUUCACAAAAGAGAACUCAACAACAAUGGGAGCAAGAGAGAGAACAACUUAAUGCCAAGUACAAUGAAAUGCAGAAGCGAUUCAUUUCCAUGGAAUCGGAAGCAGAAGAGCAGCGGCAGAUCAAUUUACGGUUAAACGAGCAUAUUAGCCGUCUAGAACAACAAUGUCAAAACGUAAAAUUUGAAAAAGAAGAAAUCGAAAGAUCUCUCAGAGAUACAUUAAGGUCACACCAAGAACUGUCCUCCAAUGAUACUCGAGAUAUGAAGAAAAAGUUGCAGAUCGCUCUUGAUGAAUACAAUAAGUCUCAAAACACAAUCCAACAACUAACUCUUAAACAUCAAAAGGAACAUUUAUACUGGAAGGAAGAAUUUAGUAAAAUGAAAGAAAAGAAAGAAAAGGAAUUGUACGAUAUGACUUCCAUAGUGGAACAAUUAACACGACGAAAUCAAGAAAUGGAAGGUAAAAUCAAGUUACUGUUGAAAAAGGAAGAAGAAUUAUUGAAUCACAAAAAAGAUUUACACAUUAGAGCAGAUAAGCUUACCAUUUAUCUUGAAAGAAUGAAACGAGAACGAGACAUGUUGGCAAAGCAAAUUGGAGCUGCAGAGAUCAGUUUUGGAUACGAAUAA